AUGCAGAUGAGAGGCGAGGGAUGCGGCACGGCGUGCGAGAGGUGCAGCAUGGCAGGGGAGAAACCCAACGACGGCCAGGGCCUGGCGAGGCGGGAGGAACCGGUGCCCUCGACCCCGAGCGGCGAUGAGAAGCGAGCAUCGACGGUGACGGAAUGGAGCGGCUCGUGCACAGCUUCGUUCGAGAGGCGACACGCCGACACCUCUCGCCCUGCAACGUCCAUCAUCGACAUUGUCGACAUUGGCAUCGUCGACAUCGGCAUCAUCAACAUUGACAUUGUCGGCAUCUGCACCGUCCGUCAUAGGUAUCGUAUCGUCGACAUUGGCAUGGUCAAUAUCGGCAUGGUCAAUAUCGGCAUCGUCGACAUCGGCAUCGUCGACAUCGGCAUCGUCGACAUCGGCAUCAUCAACAUUGACAUUGUCGGCAUCUGCACCCCAUCUGCACCGUCUGUUUCGACAACAUCGGCAUCAUUCUCAUCGGCACCGUCAACAAUGCUCAACAUCUGCAUUGCCAACGUCAGCAUCUGCAUCGUCAACAUCGGCAUCAUCCUCAUCUGCAUCAUCCCCAUCUGCAUCAUCCUCAUCUGCAUCAUCCUCAUCUGCAUCAUCCUCAUCUGCAUCAUCCUCAUCUGCAUCGACACCAUCUGCACCGUGUGCAAGGGUGCUGUACCGUCGCCGAUUCGGCAUGACGUGGCCAGCCGCCCAGCGUAA